UUUGACAGCGGCUAAGCUGUGCAAGACAAACAAGGACGUGUGUGAGUAGACUGUUUCCCCCCUCGUCGUCAGCUUCGUUGGUGUCACUGACAACCUUUCAGUUUAGAGUGAUUUCUGACGAGAUGGUGUCUUCGGAUUUUGCCGUCUACCUCAAGUACUUCUCCUUUCGUGCUAGGACAUGCAACAGCUUUCUGCUCUUCUCCCUGAAACAGCAUGUUUGCCAGCCUCCUGCCUAAUCUGAUGUGUGACGUGAUAUCAGGCCCUGUCCGCCAUCAUGGUAGACAUGGAGAAUCACUACAGCCCCCCAUCCCCACUGGAAGACUCGGUCCUGAGCAGCCCACUCUGCGGGGACUUCAUCGGGGGCAUGGCGGACCUGCAGGACAUCUCACAGUCCAUUGAUGAUGAUGCUCUCAGCUCCUUCGACGUGCCUGAGUACCGGUCCUCCAGUCUGGGCUCAGGGUCUGAGAGCUCCACUGCUUUAGAUGCCCUGACUCCAGCAUCCAGUCCUUGUUCAGGGGUGUAUGGAGCGAUUGCCAGUCAGGAAGAGUUCUCCUCCACCUCACUGAAUCUGGAAUGUCGUGUAUGUUCUGACCGCGCCUCAGGAUAUCACUACGGAGUUCAUGCAUGCGAAGGCUGCAAGGGUUUCUUUAGACGGACUAUUCGUCUCAAGCUGGAGUACGACAAGUGUGAACGCCACUGCAAAAUCCAAAAGAAGAACCGUAACAAGUGCCAAUAUUGUCGCUUUCAAAAGUGCCUAUCUGUGGGCAUGUCACAUAAUGCUAUUCGCUUCGGUCGAAUGCCCCAGUCAGAAAAACUGAAGCUGAAAGCAGAAAUCCUGACAGGGGAGAGGGAGGUGGAGAACCCCCAGCUGGCUGACCAGAAGACCCUGGCUAAACAGAUCUAUGAAGCCUACUUGAAGAACUUCAACAUGAACAAAUCUAAAGCUCGCACUAUCCUGACGGGCAAGACGAACACACCGCCGUUUGUCAUUCAUGACAUGGAAACACUGCAGCUGGCAGAGCAGACGCUAGUAGCUAAGAUGGUUGGCACGCUUGGUGGACUCCAGAACAAGGAAGCAGAGGUGCGCAUCUUCCACUGCUGUCAGUGCACCUCCGUGGAAACGGUCACAGAGCUCACGGAGUUUGCCAAGUCUGUGCCGGGUUUCUCCAGCCUGGACCUGAACGAUCAAGUGACACUUCUAAAGUAUGGUGUGUACGAGGCACUCUUUGCCAUGCUGGCUUCCUGUAUGAAUAAGGAUGGACUGCUGGUUGCCUACGGCAGUGGCUUCAUCACAAGAGAGUUCCUCAAGAGCCUGCGUAGGCCAUUCAGUGACAUGAUGGAGCCCAAGUUCCAGUUCGCAAUGAAGUUCAAUGCUUUGGAGCUGGACGACAGUGAUCUGGCCCUGUUUGUUGCCGCCAUCAUCUGCUGCGGAGACCGGCCAGGUCUUGUGAACGUGCCACACAUUGAACGGAUGCAGGAGAACAUUGUGCAUGUGCUUCAACUCCACCUUCAGGCCAACCACCCUGACAACACCUUCCUCUUCCCUAAGCUGCUGCAGCAGCUAGCUGACCUCAGGCAGCUGGUUACUGAGCAUGCUCAACUCGUGCAGGAGAUCAAGAAGACAGAGGACACCUCACUGCACCCUUUACUGCAGGAGAUUUACAGAGACAUGUACUGAGGAGAAAGCUGCAAAGACAAGGGAACAACCCAAGGCCCACCUGUAGGAUACAUAAUGAGGAGUUUAGGAAGCUACUUGAAUUUGCCAGACUCCCUGCAAAGAGAUCUUCGGGUGCAUUUGCUAAGAUGGGGGAGGAAUGGACAGAGUGACUAAAAGAUUAGUGAGCUAAUUGAGCCCUGGGCCAUCCUGCAGGGAAAUGGGAAAUGCUCCAGGGAAAGGUCCAGGUUGACACCUGCUUCCCCUCACGCAGAAGAGAACAUGGAUGUACUUCAUAGCUGAGUACCUGUGACACUUUUUCCUAAGGGGCAUCCUUUGAACCACUAUGCAGAGGAGACACAGGGUCCCACAGAUGGAUAUUCUGACCAUCUUUUUAAAACUCUAAUGCAUACUAUCCUGCCUAAAUUCAUAUUAGGGCCAAAGAGCAGGACUUGAUAGCAGACUUACUGAAAUAGCAAUAUCUCUUUACAUUUUGUACCAACAACAAUGUAAUCCUAAUAUUAAGAAUUAGUCUCUCCAGAUUUACACACAAGACACCCAAGUGACCGGAUCUCUAUUUCCUUAUACACUUGAUACUGUAUAUAGUUUUGGUUUUAUCAUGAAAUUGAUUGGGUCCUUAGUUUUGUGCGUAGAGCUCACAAGGGAUGGACUCUACUGACAUGUUAGUGCGAUUGAAUAGACAGAGCAUUUCUGCCCUCUUUUCUGUUUAAUCCCCCCUUUCUUGUCCCUUUUGCCGAUGUCCUCUCCUUGGUUUAGGUAUGAAAGAAACCCAGUAUUUAUUGAAGUAAAUCAGUAAAGGAUUUGUUCACUGAGGGAUCUGUGUAAAACUUUACUUGAAUAUUGAAAUUAAAAGAAAAAUUGUAGGUAGUUACAAAGUAAAGAAUAUAUA